AUGACAAUGACCACCCUGGACGACGAUCGCAUGUCCGCUAGCUCACCUGACUCGGAUAAUGACAACGACAAUGAUAAUGACAACGAUAAUGAUCGCAACGACAUCGACGAGACGAUGGAGGACGCUGAUGACAACGGCGACCAGGAUCAAGACGCAGAAGGCGACGACGAUGAUAACAACGACGAUGAUGACGAUGAUGACAAUGCCGAUGCAGAUGCUGAUGCAGACGGUGAAGGCGAAGAGUCUCAACCGCCUGCGACAGACUCAAACGAUCAACCGAGCACCCAGAUAAAAUCUGAACCCGACGAUUCGCAGUCACAGCCCAGGAAAUCAGCUACACCCGCUCCGAGUCUCGACAAGCGGUGGCCCCAGCCGUCGCCCGAGUACAUCAGCGCAUCGUCCUACGAUAUCGUGCCGACCAUGGCGGCGCCGCAAUCCACGAGUGUCAAUGCCAUGGCUGUCACGCCGGACUUGAGGUACUGGAUCACGGGAGGUUCGGACGGGUAUAUCCGUAAAUAUGACGGGCCCAAUACCAUCAAUGGCAAGCUGGCCUUGACCGUCGCGCAGAGGCAUCCGUUUGUGGACAGCGUUACGAAGGCUGGCAUACUCAUGUCGUACUGGGAGAAUGAGGAGCCGCCGCCUCCGGGACGGGGAGACCAGGAGCAUAUCCUCUCGCCUGUGUAUUCUCUUGCGAUUCAAUCGCAGGCUCUUUGGUUACUCUCGGGUCUUGAGUCUGGCGGUAUUAAUCUCCAGAGCGUCCGGCAUGACGAGGGCAAGAGGAUUCACUGUCUGCAGCAGCACACAAACGCUGUGUCUGUCUUGACAAUGGCACAGGACGAAAAGAGCGUUCUCAGCGGUGGAUGGGACAAGAACAUCUUCGAUUGGGAUCUCAACACCGGUCAACCGAUCAGAAGCUUCGAUGGCAACGCAGGUCAAAUCUCAGCUCUUGAACUCCGUCCCGCAAGCGGCGCCCCCAUCCCAGAAGACGACGAUGAGCCACCGCCUCCUACAACAAUGACUACAAAUAACGCAGCGCCUAUAGCGAAUGGGAACUUUACAGAUCCGCUUACGAACGAUGGAGUCGAUGAUAUGACCGCCGACUUCAACGCCAACGCCCACCCCAGCAACGGCGAUGGCGAUGGCGACGGUGCAGCCUCACCCGCGCACGACAGUCUCUUUGGAGGAAGUGACGCGGGGAGCUUGUUCGGCGAGACAAAGGAAGAUCAACCCUUUGGCAACGACGACGAUGAAUUCACUGCAGUGAUGCCCGGCCAUGGUCAUGAUAGUGCUAUGGACCAUUCAGCUGACAUGGCCGCACUCGAUGCAGGAAAAGAUCCAGAACCAGAACCUGAACCGGUUCCGGAACCCGAGCCGGUCAUUGAACCGCCCCCGCCUGAAACAUCGCAGGAUACAAGCGACGCUAUGGACGUCGAUCUCGUACCGGCUCCAACGCAAGCCACGGAACCAUCUCAAGACGCACUCCCCAAGUCUGAGCCAACCUCACCCUCGAUACUCCUCACAACACACACUCCCACGAAUCAUGAUCCAACACAAACAUCCAACACAACGUUCCUCUCCGCUGCAAUGGACGGAACAUUAAGGAUCUGGGAUAGACGCCAGCAAGAUCCCGUAGCGCGCAUCGGCACAAGGAAUGGUGUUCCCCCGUGGUGCAUGGGCGCCUGCUGGAGUCCCUCGGGCAACAACAUCUACGCGGGCCGUCGCAACGGGACGGUGGAGGAGUAUAAUAUUCACAAGGCGAAGAGGAACUGGGAACCUCACAGGACGCUCAAGUUUCCCGGGGGCAGCGGAGCAGUCAGUGCCGUGAGACCCAUGAUAAACGGCCGUCAUCUCGUCUGUGCCUCCCACGAUAUCAUGCGUCUCUACGAUCUUCGAGAAUCGCCCAUGAAGCACUCUAGCGUUCCCUUCCUCAUCAUCCCUGGUCCUCCCCGUGCAGGCGUCAUCUCCAGUCUCUACAUCGACCCGACAAGCCGCUACAUGCUGAGCGCUGCUGGCACAAGAGGCUGGGAGGGUACGAGCACAGAAGUCCUCAUCGGUUAUGAGAUCAAUGCUACCAAUGGAUAG